AUGAAGAGUGACCGGUCCAAAGAUCCUCCUCCAAAGUUUAGUAAUGACUCUGAACCCUCAGACACACAAGGGAAGAAGAGAAAGAAAAUGGGUGUUUCUGAGGAGGAGGAUCCAGUGCCUACCAGUUCUGGAUGCUGGUUCUGCAGACAGUCUGCUUCAUCAGAAGACUCCUCCUGUCCCCAUUGUAGAGGAAGAUCUAUAACAAGACCUGGACUGCAGUCAGACAGUCAGACCAGUACAGUAGAAAGUGAGCAUCAGAUCAGUCUGAGGAAGAGUGAAUGUGUGACUCAAGGAACUGAUGAAGCAGGAAGUGAAAUCCGCCUCAACAGUAUCUACACUGAGGUCUACAUCACAGAGGGACAGAGUGAAGAGGUUUAUACCCAACAUGAGGUGAGGCAGCUUGAGGCAGAUUCCAAGAUGAAGACCCUCCAUGACGCUCCAAUCAAGUGCUGCGACAUCUUUAAAGUCUUACCUGACCAACACAAACACAUCAGAGUGGUUCUGAUGAACGGCGUCGCUGGUGUUGGAAAAACCUUCUCAGUGCAGAAGUUCACUCUGGACUGGGCAGAGGGCUUGGAAAACCAAGAUAUCAAUCUGCUGAUUCUGUUCUCAUUCAGGUCGCUGAACUUGAUCAAAGAUGAGCAGUACAGUCUGAUCAUGCUGAUCCAUGUUUUCUAUCCAACAUUACAGAAGCUCACAGCAGAGAUGCUCACUGUCUGUAAAGUUCUGUUCAUCUUUGACGGCCUGGAUGAAAGCAGACUUUCACUGGAUUUCAACAACAGUGAAGUCGUGUCUGAUGUCACACAGAAGUCAUCAGUCAGUGUGCUGUUGACAAACCUCAUCAAGGGGAAGCUGCUUCCCUCGGCUCUCAUCUGGAUAACUUCUCGACCAGCAGCAGCCACUCAGAUCCCUCCCUCAUGUGUGGACAGGGUAACAGAAGUAGGAGGCUUCACUGACUCCCAGAAGGAGGAGUACUUCAGGAUGAGAUUCAGUGAUGAAGAACAGUCCAGCAGAAUCAUCUCACACAUCAAGGCAUCAAAGACUCUCCACAUCAUGUGUCGAAUCCCAGUCUUCUGCUGGAUCACUGCUACAGUUCUGGACCUCAUGUUGACUACAAAGCAGAGAGGAGAGCUGCCCAAGACCCUGACUGACCUGUACUCACACUUCCUGCUGGUUCAGACAAAGAGGAAGAAGAACAAGUAUGAUGAGGGCCAUGAGAUGAGUCCACAGGAGCUGACGGAGGCUGACAGAGAAGUUCUUCUGAAGCUGGGGAGGCUGGCGUUGGAACAACUGGAGAAAGGAAACAUCAUGUUCUACCAAGAAGACCUGAACCAGUGUGGUCUUGAUGUCACAGAGGCCUCGGUGUUAUCAGGAUUUUGUACGGAGAUCUUCAAAAGAGAGAAGGUGAUCUUCCAGAAAACAGUCUACAGCUUUGUUCAUCUGAGUGUUCAGGAGUUUCUGGCUGCAGUCUUCAUGUACCACUGUUAUGCAAAUGACAACACAAAGGUACUGAGGAACUUUAUGGGAAAAUACUACAUUGACUCAGUCCUGGAUGUCUUCCUGAUUGCAGCAGUGGACAAAGCUCUGAAUAGUAAAAAUGGCCACCUGGAUCUGUUUGUACGUUUCCUUCAUGGACUCUCUCUGGAGUCCAACCAGAGUCUUUUAGGGGACCUGUUGGGUCAGAAAGAGAACAGUCCAGAAAUCAUCCAAAAAGCCAUCUACCGACUGAAGAGGAUGACCACUGAGGAUGUCUCUCCUGACAGAAGCAUCAACAUCUUCCACUGUCUGAUGGAGAUGAACGACUGCUCAGUACAUCAGGAGAUCCAAGACUUUCUGAAGUCAGAGAAGAAAUCAAAGCAUCUUUCUGCGAUCCACUGCUCAGCUCUGGCCCACGUGCUGGAGAUAUCUGAGAAGGUUCUAGAUGAGUUGAACCUGCAGAAAUACAACACAUCACUGGAGGGACGACAGAGAUUGAUUCCAGCUGUGAGGAGCUGCAGAAAGGCUGUGCUUUCAAGCUGUCGACUCUCACAGACUCACUGUGAAGUUGUGGUCUCAGCUCUGAAGUCCGACCCCUCCCAUCUCAGAGAGCUGGACCUGAGCUACAACAACCUGCAGGAUUCAGAUGUGAAGCUGAUAUCUGCUGGAUUGGAAAGUCCAAAUUGUAGACUGGAGGCUCUGAGAUUGUGGCACUGCUUAUUGUCAGAGAUCAGCUGUGCUUCUCUGGUCUCAGCUCUGAAGGUCAACUCCUCCCAUCUGAGAGAGCUGGAUCUGAGCUACAGUAACCCGCAGCAUUCAGGAGUGAAACUACUGUGUGAAUUUCUGGAGCGUCCACACUGUGGACUGGAGACUCUGAGGUUGCGUUUUUGCAGUUUGUCAGAGAUCAGCUGUGCUUCUCUGGCCUCAGCUCUGAAGUCCAACCCCUCCUCCCAUCUGAGAGAGCUGGAUCUGAGUGAAAACAACCUGCAGGAUUCAGAUGUGAAGCUGUUGUGUGAUCUGAAGGAGAGUCCAGACUGCAGACUGGAGACUCUGGUGGAAUCGUGUAGCACCAUCCUGGGGUUCGGACUGAAAGAGGAUCAGCUGUAUCCUGAUGAUCCAGAGAGCUUCAUUCAGCAGUAA